UUACCCUUAACUAAUAGUAAAUUUGAGAAUUAUCAACACCCUCUUUUUUUUUUUUUGGAUUGGUCUCAAAAAGUAAAUUUUGGAUUAGCAGCAGCAACGAGCAAGCAGAACUUUAACCACCCAACUAAGAAACAAGUAACGAUUGAACCGAUAAGAUUAUUUAUCAUGGCUUAUACAAGUAAGGAGUUGGCUAAGGCUGAAGUGGAGAUUCUUGAAGAUCAUAGAAUCCAUGAAAAAAUUGUUAAUGAAGAAUUCAAAAUAUGGAAGAAAACCGUUCCUUUAUUAUAUGAUACUAUCCAUUCCAUUGCUUUGGAUAGUCCAUCGUUAGUAUUUAAAUGGUUACCAAGUUAUACUUAUUCCAAUAAUAAAGAUACGAUAACUGCCAAGUUCUUGAUUGGAACUAAUGUGGUUGAAAAUUCAAAUACUAAUAAUCUGAAUUAUUUAAAGAUUGGGUCAAUUAAUUUACCAAGUAGUUUAGCACCUGAUUUUUCAAAACCAAUUUCAAAACCAUCAACUUCAAAUAGUGAUUUUUCAACAUCAAAUUUCAUAUUUAAUAUUGGUUGGAAACAAAGUUCAGAAAUCGAUAAAUUAAGUUUAAGUCCUGAUGCAUCUAAAAUAUUAAGUUUUAAUAGUGAUGGGAUUGUUCGUUCUUAUAAUUUAGAUAAUGAUGAUGUGAUUGAUUAUAAAUAUCAUAAACAAGAAGGAUUUGCCUUAGAAUGGAUCACCAAUGAAGAAUUCAUUUCCGGUUCAAAUGAUUCACAAAUUGCUUUAUGGAAUAUAAAUAAACCAUCAACUCCAAUUCAAUUAUUUAAAGAUCAUUUUGGUGCAGUUAAUGAUUUAUCAGUUAAUUCAAAAAUACCUCAAAUCUUUGGAUCAGUAUCGGAUGAUUAUACUACUCAAAUUCAUGAUUCAAGAGUAUCCAUCACUUCUGAAGAUUCAACUGUAGUAAAAAUUCAAAAUAAAUAUAUUCAAAAUUCAAUUAAAUUCCAUCCAAGUUUAGAAACGGUUUAUAUCACAGCUGGUAAAGAUAAUGUGAUUAGUUUAUAUGAUUUAAGAAAUCCAACAUUACCAUUCCGUAAAUUCUUUGGUCAUAAUGAUAGUAUUAUAGGAUUAAAUUGGAAUAUAGAUGAUUCAACAACUUUCACAUCUUGGAGUUUAGAUAAAAGAGUUAUAACUUGGGAUUUAAAGAAUUUAGAAGAAGAAUUCAUUUAUCCAACUUCAGAAAAUGGUAAUGAAGGAUCAAAGAAAAGAUCAAGUAAUAAUAAUAAUAAUAAAGUUGAUCCAUGUUUAAAAUUCAUUCAUGCUGGUCAUACUAAUCGUAUAAAUGAUAUUGGAUUACAUCCAACCAUUAAGAAUUUAUAUGGUUCAGUUGGUGAUGAUAAUUUACUUGAAAUAUGGCAACCAAAGACGUUACCAGUAGAAGAAGAAGAGGAAGAGGAGGAAGAUGAAGAAGAGGAAGAGGAAGCAGAAGAAGAAGAAGAACAAAAGGAAGCAGAAGUAGAAGAAGCUGCUACAGAAGCAUCCACCGCAAGCACUGUUCCAACCACUACAGCAGCUGAUGAAGCUACUGUUGCUACUUCAGCUGGUUCUGAAACUGUCGAUGAAUCUAAAGAAGCCGAAGCCGAAGCCGAAGCUGAACCAGAAGCCACAAAACCUGAGGCUGAAGAAGAUAUUGAAAUGAAAGAAGAUUAGAUCCUACUUGCUCUCUAUCAUAUGUACUAUACUAUUAUUCUAUGUUUUUCUGUAUUUGUAUAAAAUUUUACAUUAAAAGUUUCCAAUUAUUCAAAAUUAUGUUUAUGUAAGUAAUAAGAUUU